AUCAUUGCACAUUCUCCUCUCUGCGGGAGGACCGGGUAGCUUCACCUCCAUGUCGAGUCUCUCCUGAGGCACAAACUUGGUCUAUCUUGCGCCUCUAGUAUCUUUGGCACAAACUUGGUCUCCAAACUCGCGAGAGCUGCGGCUCCACGCCGGUGGCUGGCGCCAAGCUGCGCUCUCCCGUUGUCACUAUGGCGGCUGUGAAAGAGUUGAGGAGCCGGAACCUGCCCUGGGUGGAAAAGUACCGGCCGCAGACCUUGGAUGAUCUAAUUUCUCAUCAAGAUAUCCUUAACACAAUUCAGCGAUUUAUCAGUGAAGACCGCCUCCCUCACCUACUGUUCUACGGACCACCAGGAACUGGGAAAACAUCUACUAUUUUGGCCUGUGCCAAACGACUUUAUAAGAACAAAGAGUUAAACUCCAUGGUUUUAGAGCUGAAUGCCUCUGAUGACCGUGGUAUUGAUACGGUGCGUGGACCAAUAUUGAACUUUGCCAGUACCAGAACCAUUUUCAAGAAAGGUUUUAAGCUUGUUAUUCUAGAUGAGGCAGAUGCUAUGACUCAAGAUGCUCAGAAUGCCCUCCGAAGAGUGAUUGAAAAAUUUACAGAAAACACAAGGUUUUGCCUGAUCUGUAACUACCUAUCAAAGAUCAUCCCUGCUUUGCAGUCUCGAUGUACAAGGUUCCGCUUUGGACCACUGACAACAGAACAGAUGAGCCCAAGAUUGGAAUUUGUCAUUCAGGAAGAAAAAGUCAACAUAACUCCAGAUGGACUAAAGGCUAUUUUGACACUUUCCAAUGGUGACAUGCGACGAUCUUUAAAUAUUUUACAGAGCACAAGCAUGGCAUAUGACAAAGUCACUGAGGAUACAGUGUACACCUGCACUGGUCAUCCACUAAAGUCAGAUAUCGCAAACAUCCUGGAUUGGAUGCUCAACAAAGAUUUCACCACUGCAUAUAAGAAUAUCAUGGAAUUAAAGACAUUGAAAGGUUUAGCUCUGCAUGACAUUCUGACUGAGGUUCAUACUUUUGUACAUCGAGUUGAUUUACCACCUUCAAUUCGUAUUCAUUUGUUGAUCAAGAUGGCAGAUAUUGAGUAUAGACUAGCAUCGGGAACCAGUGAGAAGAUCCAGUUAAGCUCACUUAUUGCUGCAUUUCAAGCUGCCCGCAAUAUGGUUGUAGCUGAAGCUUAGUGUUUAAUAUUUUGGUUGCGAUGAAUAAUACUGACAAAUUAAACAUGUUCUUAUUUGGAAACUGGCUUUAAUUGGUAUUUUGUCCAAUGCCCAUUAAAAUUCAAGAACAGGUGGGGUUAUUAAAACAAAACUAAAAAUUCCUAUGCACUUUCAUGGGAUGGGCUACAAUGUUAUAAUACCCAGAGUGUAACUGCUAGUUUGAGAUUUGAUUAAUUCUUCUAUAUUUUAUCGCUGCCCAUCUUUACUGCUCCGAUGGGUGAGUGGGCAUUGGUUCUGUGGAAAAUAAAACUGAUUUCUCAGUUUUGUCAGACUGGGCUUUAAAUGUGCCAAAACUUAAUCUGUAUAUUCUGACCAAGAUAUUUUCCCGAACUAGACAGUGCAUAUGAAAAUGUAAUUUGCAAAUUUAACAGCUGCCAACAGUUUUGAGAAUUUGGUUUACAGCAGAUGUUUUUUAAGUAUAUAAACCUUAAAUCCAAUGUUUGUGCAGUGUCAUCACCUUGUAUAUUGACAGGUAUACAAAUACUGGUCAAAAGAAAACUGAAUUAUAUUUAGACUUGCAUUUAGUUUUGUUUGAUUAUGGCAGUGAAAUCAAUACACAUAGUAGCGAUUCUGUCACGCUGCAAAAUAUAUUCUGCACCUCUACUGGUGUUCAAACAGUACCUUAUUAUACUUUUCUUAGAAUUCACCAGAAACUUCAAAGUAAGAUUGUAAACAUUUUUUAUUAAGCAUAUAUCCCCAAUCUAAGAUUACAUAGCAUUACAACACAGAUCUAAACUAAUGGAGACACAUAAAACAUCAACUACUAAAAUAUUAGAGCAGAACAUAAAAUGCUGGAGGAAUGCAGUGGCAUCAUUUGUGGAGGAAAUGGGGAACAAAGUUUUGGGUCUGGACCCUGCUUGCAUUUAUGGUCUUCUCAUCUUUCUUCAAUCUUAGUAUAAACCUCUCUUGCCAAACAUUUAAAGGGAGAGUGAAUAACAAAUCUCUGUACUGCCUGAUUCAAUAAUUCCUUACGGUAGCAAGAUAUUUAAUUAUUCCCAAGGAUUGGAAUUUAAGUUGCUGAAAAUGGUAUAAAUGCUAAAAUGUGUUGCAUUACCUGGCAUAAUUGUUAAAUUUAGAUACCCAAGGUCAGCCUGUUAAAUGAAUACAUUUGCUGAAUUAAUAGGCAUUAAGGCAGAUUAUUAAAAGUGUUCUAUGUAUUACAAUAAUUAAUAACCUACAUUUUCAA